CUCCCGAGAAGCUUCUCGCACUGUGGAACCUGUUGGCAAUUGGCGCGCGUGGAAUAUUUGACAUCCCUCGCUUUGCGUCUUCUUUUGGCCACUAAGCACAUUUUGUCUGGAUGAUUUGGAGGUUUUUAGGAUAAAGGGGAGAGAAAAAAAUAACAUUUUUUCCCUAAUCUGCUGCAGUCUUUUCCUGCGUGUGGAAUCUGCGCGCAAAAAAGUGCAUGCUGGAAGAUGUUGCAGCGAACAGGUUGGUGCUGAAACUUAAGAAGGAUGCCACGCCGCAGGGGCUCGCACAUGCUCUUCGAGUGAAUAUGAAGACGUCCAGAUGAUGCGCGGUGUCGGCAUAACCCAGCAGGCGGUACUGACAGCAGCUCGUUGAUGGCACUGCGCACCGGGAGGACUUGGUUCGGACGGGUCUUGCGCAGGGUCUCGCGGCUGCAGGGCUCCUGGUCCAGGCGCUCCAGCAGUCUUUUGUGUCUCUCCGCCAACCAGGAGCACGAUCCGGGCUUCUCGUACCGCUGCCCUAGCCCCGGCCCCGCAGGUGAUCACCUCGGCCACCGUCAUCGGUGCGCGCCCCUCCGCGCGUCCGCCUCCAGGCGCAGUGCACUCGGCUUCUUCCCUUCUCGUCGCACCAUCCCGGGGAACACGAGGGGACAUGAGCCCCUCACUCGCCGGCUCCUUGUGGCCAUGAAGCGGCAAAACGUGCGGACCUUAUCCCUGAUCGUUUGCACGUUCACCUACCUGCUGGUGGGGGCCGCCGUCUUCGACGCCCUGGAGUCCGACUUCGAGAUGAGGGAGAAGGAGCAGCUGGAAGCCGAGGAGAGGCGCCUCCAGGGGAAGUACAACAUCAGCGAGGACGACUACCGCAAACUGGAGAGCAUUAUCAUGGAGGCCGAGCCACACAGAGCCGGGGUGCAGUGGAAAUUCGCCGGUUCCUUUUACUUUGCCAUCACAGUCAUCACCACCAUAGGCUACGGGCAUGCGGCACCAGGAACCGACGCGGGGAAGGCCUUCUGCAUGUUCUACGCCGUCCUGGGCAUCCCUUUGACUCUGGUGAUGUUCCAGAGUCUUGGUGAGAGGAUGAACACGUUCGUGAAGUACCUGCUGAAACGCAUCAAGAAAUGCUGCGGUAUGAGCAUCACCGACGUCUCCAUGGAGAACAUGGUGACGGUGGGUUUCUUCUCCUGCAUCGGCACGCUUUGCAUCGGCGCUGCCGCUUUCUCACACUACGAGGACUGGAGUUUCUUCCAGUCGUACUACUACUGCUUUAUCACAUUGACCACCAUAGGCUUCGGGGACUUUGUGGCCUUGCAGAAGAACAGGGCGCUGCAGAAAAAGCCCCUUUACGUGGCCUUCAGCUUCAUGUACAUCCUGGUGGGCCUCACGGUCAUUGGGGCCUUCCUUAACCUGGUGGUGCUGCGAUUCCUGACAAUGAACAGUGAGGAUGAACGGCGGGACGCCGAGGAACGAGCCUCGCUAGCGGGGAACCGUAGCAGCAUGAUCAUCCACAUCCAGGACGAGUCGCUGCAGCGAGGGAGGCGGCGGGGAGCCCGCGAGAGCCACCGGGACGAGAUGAGCGACUUGCACUCGGUGUGCUCCUGCAUGCGCUACCGCUCGCACGAGCUGGCCACCUCCGGGGGGCUGAUGGGCGGACUGGGAUGUGCCUUCUCCAACCAGAACUCGCUAGGCUCGCAGCUCAACCCGGGCCACUACUACCACUCCAUCUCCUACAAGAUUGAGGAGAUCUCACCCAGCACGCUGAAGAACAGCUUUUACCCGUCACCCAUCAGCUCGGUGUCUCCGGGUCUUCACAGCUUCACGGAAAAACUCCAGCUCAUGAGGAGGAGAAAGUCCGUCUAGGCUGCCCUGACUAAACCUCAUUACAAGCACUUUCCUUUUUUGUUCUAUUUUUUCCUGCUCCUGAUGGAGAACACUCUCAUGGGAUGCAAAAGCAUGAAGCAUGGAUGUCUAUUUUUUCAAGGGAUUACCACACACAACCACUCAGACCUUCUAGACGGACUUCAAAAAACUCUUAUCUACGAACGUUGGUUUCCUACCAUAUGAUGCACACUUGGGGAAAUGUUAUUUUUCAUAAAGGAGGAGGACGCUGGUUUCACCUUAGCUUGAAAAACCACUGCGCAGAUGAAGAGGAGGAUUUUCUACAAGCCAUCACACACAAAUGCAUGUGCAUUUACAGUAAUAAUCGGUGUUUUUCACAUACUUUUGUCUGUCCUCAACCGGAUUUGUUUGGAAUCCAAAGGAUCAUGCUGCUGUUACCACCAGUACAGCUUUUCACAGCUGUAAUCGAAUACAUGGUAUGGAAGAUAUAAAACCCACUAGCCAAACCUUUUUGGGAAAAUCCCCAGAUUUAAAUAUAAUCGAGAAUACUGUACAUUUUCUAGCUGAAAUGUCAUUUGACAAAUUCAGAAUUCCAUAAUGAAAAUGAAAGACAUUCUCAGUGAGACCUAUUUUAGUUUAGCUGCAGAAUAAAGAUAUUUGGCUUUGACAUCCCAAGAUGAAUGAGUUAGCAAGAGUUUCUAUCUUUCGAUUACAGUGGUACCUCUAAUUAUGACAUUAAAUUAUUCUGGAAGUAGUCUUGUAACCCCCAAAAAUCAUAAAUAGAGACCCAUUUUACAUGCCUUAUCCAUUCCAAGCACUACUGACAUGCCACGUUGAAUUUUAUAAUUUGGGUAAAACCGGAUAACAGCCAAACACCUUUGAAUCAUUCCAUGUACCUAACCUAACCUUCCCGUCGUCCUUGUCUGUCUUCAUCUUUGUCUUUCCUUCGGGAAAACAAAAUUCUGAAAAUGUUCCACACUCUGAAACUGUUAAUGAUUUUGAUAAUGAUUUUGAUGAUUUUUGUUUGAUGAUGAUUUGAUGAUGAUAAUGACAAUGACAAUAAAAAAAAAAAUCAUUCAUAAACACCUAACGUAACGUAACGUAACGUAACGUAACGUAGCCUAGCCUAACUGUUAAUGCCUGUAAUGAAGUAGAUAAAUAGAACAAAAUGUUAAGAAAAAAUGAAAAAAAAAAAAACCUUUUGAGUGAGGCCAUGCCGUUUUUCACGAGAUCAAAGGUGCCUAUUGUCUAUCUCACACACACAAAACACAGAAACGCAAGAAGACCUAUCCUCUAAUGUGCUAUGAAUGUAAUGAACCGUCUGUGGGCUUAAAAAAACUCUUCGUGAGAAGAAAACAUGAGGAGCCUUGUGCUCAUUUGGCUCGGACGUCCACCCGCAAUAGCAACAAUAACACAGUUGCGUCCCAAAUUGAAACGUCAUCAACAAUAGGCCAAUAGGAGAGCAGAAUCCCAUUAUAAGGUGUGAUGGGAAAAUAUUAUGACCAAUUGGGCACCAGAAUCUUAUGGUGCGACAUUUAAAAGCAGAAAGAAGGAAGUACAUAUGUAUCUUUUACAGUAUUGUAUAGUAUUUUUGCCUCUCCUAACCUGAAUUUUUUUCACAAUAGACAAUACUUUCCUGUUUAAAUAUGUCGUAACCUAAAAAUAGCAUUCGUAAAGACAGUCUUAAGUAGAGAUACCACUGUAAUUCUAUUUCCAAUAAUUUGCAUUGUGUUGACCAACUGAUAUCAAGCAAACUUUCUCAUUUGUGUUUGACUUAAAUCCUAUAGAGCAUGUAAUUUAGCAACUAAAGAGAUGACUGAAUAAAGUAUUAAUAUUACUAGAUACAUUUCAAACAAAAAAAAAGAUAAUUAUGUGUUCUGUAUUACACAGAAAUUAGAUAUCUGGAAGGGAAAUGUUUCAGCACGAUCCUUUGGAUUUUUUGUUCCAAGAGGUUACGUAUAAAGGUAGUCUCCGGGUUUCGUUGUACCCAACUUGGAGUCUCAUCCGCCAUUCUGUCUCAAGUUGUUGUUGUUGUUGUUUUUUUUUUUUGAAUUUUAAAUUUGUGUAAACAGUACCUAGUUCCCAUUGCUAUUCUUCAUGAUCCCCUCCACCUACAGCAGCGUUGCCGCUGUCUAUAGUUCCUGACGGCGUCAGGUCCCACUUCCUUGUUCUCAUGCUCCCGAACGCCGACUUCUCUAGUGAGUCCCAAUCCGUUUUUCUGAGUUCGGACGGCGGGCUGGCAUUGAGAGAGGUUACGCUGGCGACCUGAGCGGCCAUGAUAUCUCGCCUCCCUACUAGUUCCACAUUGCCCUUUUCUCUCAGCAAGGCAACUCACCCGCCCGAAAAGUCAUUGACGGCAUAACGGCAUUUAACGCCAUGCUAUCUCACAGUAUCUUAUUGUUUUUUCACUUUACUUUAUUAAAUACAUGUUUUGGGAUAGUUAUUUUGAGAUUUAGGCAGAAAUUAGGGGUUCUUAAUGGGUUAAUUCUGAUCUACGUGGAAAAAAGGUUACAUCACCAGAGUAGGAACGGAACUAGUUUGUAACCCGGAGACUACCUGUAGGUCACGUUUGAUGGUUCUGAUAUGUUUUGUGUUUUUAAAAGAAAUCUGCUUUACUGCAUUGCAUUCUAAUGUCCCAACUGGUCAAACUCGCCAAUAAUGUUUGCUCUCAGGUUUGAACCAAUCGCCUUUGUCUUUAUGUUUUGCUUUGCUUUGCUCAGACUUAAAAUGACACACAAUGUAAAUACCUCCAGUCUCCUUCAAAUAUUUCAAGAAGUUUUCCAAAAGAAAGACUACUGAGGUGCAUCAUCUCGCCAGGCCAGGUCUCCUUUGUAGAUAUUUGAGACCAUUCUGGCCUGUUUUAAAGCCCAAAUCUGCCUUUUCUCUCACACUCAGCCAGUCUAGGAGCGCAUGGUGAAAGCAUUUCAACUGUAUAUAAUUUGUAUACCAAUUCUAGCUUUUCAUAAACUGCACAAGACUAAGAGCUCUUUCCCCCUUCCUUUAUUAAGUUAUAGCAGACAAGAAAUCAUAUUUAUGGGCUCAAAUUCCUUGUCCAUCUUGCCUUGUCUUAUCACAUAGGAAAAACCCAGCGCCACCACUCUACUUUGGAUAAAAAUCUUAAAUUGAGUCAUGAUAAAUGUACAGAGGCAAGGUAUUGGUGUAUGGGAUAAACCUUGUUUCGUUAUGGGAACACGACCGGCUUAUAUGUUUGUAUCAAGCUUUGGAAUAAAUACAACAAAAAAAGAGGCAUAUGUAUUUUUUACACAUUUGCGUAGACGUGCCUUGAAAAAACUGUGCUUUCUGCACAAAUGGGCAUACGGUAUUUACACAUAUAGAACUGAUUAUAGCAACAUUUUAUGUAUAGACAACCAAGACAGAGUUAUAAUAUUUUCAUAAUUCCACACGCAAUUUGUUCACAGUCCUGCAAGAUGUUACACAGACUCACUGCAAAGCUCUGAAGAUAAUUCUUUUAAUUUUGCCCAUGCUAAUUUCAGGUGGGAUGUUUACAUUUUAGAACCUGAAAUGCAUUAAUUUUUCAUAACAGUUCCUAAUACAGUGGUAUGAAAAAGUAUCUGAACCUUUUGGAAUUUCUCACAUUUCUACAUAAAAUCCCCAUCAAAAUGUGAUCUGAUCUUUGUCAAAAUCACACAGAUUACAAAACAGUGUCUGCUUUAACUAAAACAACCCAAACAUUUAUAGGUUCUCAUAUUUUAUUGAUGAUAGCAUGCAAACGAUGACAGAAGGGGGAAAAACAUGUAAGUGAACCGUCUGCCUAAGGAGACUUAAAGAGUAAUUGAAACCAAUUUUUACCAAACAAUUUAAGUCAGAUGUGUGCCCAAUCACUGAUGAGUGGUUUAAAGCUUCCCUGCCCAUUAUAAAACACACACCUGGUAAGAAUUGUCUUGAUGAGAAGCAAUGUCUGAUGUUCAUCAUGGCUCGGUCAAAAGAGCUGUCUGAAGACCUGCGAUCAAGGAUUGUUGAUUUGGUUAAAGCUGGGAAAGGAUACAAAACAAUCUCUAAAAGUCUGGAAGUUUCGGAGAACAAAAUAGACAUUCUGGAGUGGCCAAGUCAAAGUCCAGACUUGAACCCCAUUGAGAUGCUUUGGCAUGACCUAAAGACAGCGAUUCAUGCCAGACACCCCAGGAAUCUGACUGAACUACUGCAGUUCUGUAGAGAAGAAUGGGCCAAGAUUAGUCCUGGUCGAUGGGCCAGACUGAUCUGCAACUACAGAAAGCAUCUGUUUAAAGUUAUUAUUGCCAAACGGGGGACCACAAAAUAUUAAAUAUGAUUGUUCACUUACUUAUUUUCCCCCUUCUGUCAUUGUUUGCAUACUAUCCUCAUUAAAAUAUGAAAACCUAUAAAUAUUUGGGUGGUUUUGGUGAAAACAGACUGUUUUUUCAUCUGUGUGAUUUUGACAAAGAUCAGAUCACAUUUGAUGGUGAUUUCAUGCAGAAAUGUGAGAAAUUUCAAAAGGUUCAGAUACUUUUUCAUACCACUGUAUGAUCUGGCGGGUGAUUAGUGUACAAAUCAUUAUGAUACAGUCGAUGAUACAGAAAAAAUAACUUAAAAUGUACGAUGAGAAAGCACGGUUGUUUGUUCAGCCUUCGCGGAUUACACAAUUGCGAUUUAUUUCUGAAUAAUGUGCCAUGAUGUGAAAUUUUAAUGACAAUUUAAUCUUUCUUUUACCAAAAAUCCAAACUUUGAGGGAAGUUUCUCAGCCAAAUUGAGUUAUUUUUGUGGAAAUAACCACCACUAAUUGGUUCAUCAUGACCCAAAUGUCAUAUCAUUUUCCCAGCCCACUCCCACCCACUCCUUAUCCACCACAUGCGCACAUAUGACUCUGAUUUGUUAGCUGCCGUGCCACAUGUUACGCUUAUGGCCCUCGACAGAUGGCGUGCUCGCAGGCACGCGCACACACACACCAUCGCUGGCAUAAGGCAUGUUGUGUUUUCCCCCAAACCCUCAAAGCUGAGAUAAACUGUAUUGGUUUGCAUGUGGCAUUGAUGGCCAUUCCUCUGUUAGCAACGCCACACGUCUACUCUAAUGUGUCUCAUUAUGCUUAUUUGUCUGUGACUGAACAAAUCAAGUGUACCGUAAUCCUAUAACAGGAGUCUUGUAUGCGGUUACACAGUCAUGCCUCGUGUCAUAAGGCCAAGGGUAAACGAACCAUCUACGUAGUUUAUUUGAAUGUUUACUUUUCCCUUUGCACCUUUUUUUCUCUCGGUUCUUUUAGAGUGUGUGCAUGAUUCGGUGCGGGUGACUCACUGGGUGGCGUGGCACAGCUGGGUCAAGCCAUAGCACACUUUAAUAAUAAAACAAACAAAUGCUAAGCUUCUCAAAGCCUUCUGUCUUCUUCUAUUAUGGCUGCUACACUAAAAACUUGUGUGGUAUUAACUUGGAGAAUUGCCUUUUUACUAUAGAGAAAAGUACACUUGUGGUUUGCAUGUCUUCCUCACCGCCAAGAGGAUUUGCAUGUUUUCCUUGCAUGUUUAUUUUUUUGUUCUGGGCACUCUGACUUCUUCCCACAUUUUAAAAAAAUAUUUUGACUGAGCUUGAAUGAAAAUGCGAGUUGUUGUCGGAGAAACCAUGCAUAGUCUGUCAAAAAUCAACUACCACGUAUUUUUUGAAUGCAGGCGAAUAUUACCAUACCUUGAGUUAAGAGUGCACCGACAAGUUUAUCGAAUUACAAGCCAUCGCUCAGUAGAUUUAUUUGAUUUGUGUUAAGACGAAAUCUGACUUCUUAUGGUUGUCAACUGGCUGACAAAAAAUAAAGGGCACCUCAUUGGUAAAGUCGUCCGGCCCGAUAACCGUCACCCUUUACUUAUUUUUUUGGUUAUUGUUUUACAAUUGUAACGAUUUUACUCAAAACGGAAUUAAUUAUAUACACAUUUGAGGGAUAUAAGCACAUGAAAAACAAUAAUUAUCAGCAAUGUAUUUUUAAUACAAAAAAUACUAGAAUAAACAUCUGGAAUGCUACAUUUAAAACUGAAUAAUUUAACCCUUCACUAA